GUCAUGACUAAAUAUGUGCUUUGGCGAUCCGGCAUUCCGGCUGUGCACCCAUGCCAGAAAGGUGAGGCAUGAAUCAGUGAUGUAGAUCAUGCAACUGCGGCAACAAAUAUCCAAGAUUUCCUUCAUAGUUUACCCGUUCUGCCCUUCACAUAGUGGCAGAUCGGUACGGUACGUUCCCGUCGUCGCGUUAUCCAAAUCUGACCAAGUUGUCGGCCUUGUACUGAUCCGCAACGACAACAAAAUGGGGAGGUCCAUCCCGCUCUCGCUCGCACCCGGGGAAGGCUGCACCCUCACGUACGGCCCCGCCCAGCCCAGCCCCCGGCAAAAGCGGAGCCACACCAGCGCGGCAGCGGCACACCAUCAGUCGGCAUUUGCUUUCUUGCCUCCUCACCUCCUCAGCACCGCAACGCCAGCAGAGGUCGGGGCUCGCGCGGCUGCACAGUCCACGGCACACGGCGGCGGAGUGGAGUCGAGCUAGCUGGUGGCGAUGGGGAUCCACCUGCUGGCGUUCGCGGGGGCGAGGAUCUUCGUGCAGGUGUUCCAGGUCUCGGCGCCGCUGCUGUGGCCGCUCAACCUCUGGUUGCCGCUCGCGCGCCGCCUGCCCGAGGCCUGCGCCGUCGCCCGCGCCGCGCUCGCCGCCCACGUCGCGUGGCUGCGCCGGGCAUGCCGUCCCGGCGCCCCCGUCUGGAGCCGCCGCGACGACGGGGUCUACCGCCGGGCGGUGCUCGACGUCGCCUACUACUGAGACGCGACUUUGGAGGCAGUGGCAGGGUUAAAUUUCUCAAGUAGAGUAGAGGUAGUGGUUAAUUUCAGUUUGGUCUUUUGGUUUCUUUUUCUUGGGCUAGCAAUGCCUGGUCUGAAUGUGGGUUGUAAUUAACCAGGAGUCCUAAGUACAAGUGGUUUGUUUA